GACAGAGAGAGAGAGAGAGAGAAGCAACUGAGAGAUGAGAAGGCGUAGAGAACGCGCAACCCAUCUGUGCUUUCGCAUUCAGGUUUUAUUUUUCAACCCGAACGAUUUUUCACAUAUUGUAUUUUAUCAUAAUUCCAUUUCCUGUGCAAUACACUGUGUAAUAAGGCGACCAGAACGGAUGCGUCGCGACGUCUGGACCACGAUAGACAGAGUGAGAACUCCGAGAACAAACCGCACAGAAUGGCCUUUCUAUGUCCCGUACGCAUACGUCGCGGAAAGAAGAAAAAACCUGGAGUACAUAACUUUAAUUUGGAGAAAGACUGUGUUGGAACAGGAGGCACAGGACUUGGUUUGAGUACCAGGGUAUCAUUGCCCCCUGGAAGGAUAACUGGAAGUGCGAGUAUCGAGACCCUCGUAAGAGUCGGCAUUGAAAAGGAGAAUGGACUUUCUCCAGACAGCAAAAUGGUCAUUGUACAUGAUUUUACUCCCUGCGUCGACGACGAACUUCAAGUCAAAAGGGGACAGGUAGUGAAUGUGCUUUACAGGGAAAACGAUUGGGUAUACGUUAUAGCGGCUGAUACGCGUAUGGAAGGCUUCGUGCCGCACUCGUAUUGCGCACCAUACACAUCGCAGCUAGCAGAAUUGACACUGGCCAAUAACGUGAAAAAGAAGCUGCCCCGAUCCAGCGAGAACGAUUGCGAUCUUCUUAGUACGGGCCGUUUGCAAGAUACGCAACAGACUGAUACCGGAUCAGCAUCAGAUUGUGAAAGUUACACACGAAAUAAUAUCACCACCACAGAUCUCAACAUCAAUCGCUCCAACGUCACGCAAUCCCAGAAUUCCAUUCAGACUAUAUCAUCCCAGCCAGAUGUACAUCCCUUCUUCAAGGAUCCAUCAGCUGGAAGAUACAUUGUCCUUUACACAUUUGUGGCGCGGGACGAGAAUGACGUUAGUGUUGAGAGAGGUGAGUUUGUGACAGUGUUGAAUCGCGAUGAUCCGGAUUGGUUUUGGGUGUUACGACAUUGCGAUGGUAACGAGGGUUUUGUGCCGUCCGGUUUUGUUUAUCCGGGUCACGUUCUUCAUUCCUACACGACUGCUACCACAACUGCCACUACUGCUACUACGAAUACAGUGUCCACGGAAACUCAUAGUCCAGGCAAAAGUAUGAUAAACAAUAUAACAGGAAGUGGGGAAUCGCUACAACAGAAAGGAUCGCGGGAUUUUCGGGACGAAACAACUGGCACAGAAUUAGUAGUACUUUACGAUUAUAAGGCACAGGCGCCAGAUGAUUUAUCGGUGAAACGGGCCGAUUGGAUAUACGCGGAUCUGGGAAAUCAAACGGUAGAUGGCUGGCUUUGGGCUUAUGCGCCGAAGACUCGCAAAUAUGGUUUCAUUCCUAAGGCGUAUGCACGACCCCCUGCUAUGACUAGCUUAUGAUUCGGUCUAUUAAAAAUGAGAAGUCUGCUUUUACUUCUUUAAGUUGGCAAUAACGUUAUUUCUAUUUUCUCUUUUCUAUAUUGUAUAUCAAAAGUAAAAAUCGAGUAAUAACUAUACAA